AUGGCGACUGCAAGCGGACUGUCAGCAGCAGAUGAAGACGAGGUGAUCCAUAACAGGCUUCUGAACGAUGAAAAGGCAAUCCGCAGGCUCACUCGCAAGUUCCACGCCUACUCCGUAAAAGCGCGCCCAGCCUCCUAUGCGUCCACUUCGUCGAAUUUCAAUGAACUACGCGAUGCAUUUCUGGUAGAACUAGCGCAAUAUCAUCUGUUUUUGAGGAAAACGUCACUUCAGUGUAAGGCAGAACAGCGACAAGUGGUGGCGUAUCAAGAGGAGAGGGAUCGGAUAGCAAACCUACACUCGCGAUAUAGGGAUGAUAUUGCGACUUUGAAACAGGAACUUGAGAGAGCGCAGAUCGGGAGAAAACAAAAGAUCGAGUACGAUGAAGUUGCCGCGAAGAUAAAUGCCCUUCCCACACGCGGCGAACUCGAAAAAGAAAUUUCGGGGAUGGAAGAAGAAAUCGGUGCCCUGCAGCAUGACAAGGAAGUGCAAAUGUCUCUCAUGAACGCCCGGCGAGAGAAGUUCGAUCAGCUCAUCAACGACAUUAAUGAGCUCCGAUGGAUGGGGCGUGAGGGAGGACCAGAAGAUCCGGGUUCUCCUCCGGCAGACGAAGACGAGCCCGAACCUGAGCAUGACAGGGUGGAGUCUGGCCUCAACCCACACGCGGUGGCGUUCGUCCCUGGAAGCGCACAAGCCACUUCACCCGCAUCGCUACCCGUGCAAGAUGUGGUUAUGGGAACGAAUGGAGAGCUGGAGGAAGGAGAGGAAGAGGAUGUGAUGGUGGAACACGCAGAGAUUGUGGAGACUGGGAAUGGAAGAAAGAAAGAGAAGAGUGCGAGAGCGAAAGACGAGUUGGAGGAAGGGGAGGCGAGCGAUGGAAGUGAGCUGACGGAGCUGUCCGAUUAA